CGAACAUGACUGCUGCUUCUCGUAUCUCGUUGCUGGGCAGUGCACGGGUAAACCGCAGAUCCCCUUUGCCACUCGCUGGAAUGUUGAUAUCAAGAUCCAGAGAACGGCGCCAGACGCCAUUGAUAUAAAGAUGCAUAACUCGAAGGACUGAGCCGUUCUCACUCUCCAGUCUUCACCAGCAAACAGUCAUCCGACAAUCCAUCAAUCUCCCUCAUCUCGAGCUCAAAACACCAUUUCCACGCCCUUCAACCACUGCGGCAUUAUAUCUACCUCACUCUUACACCUCAAACCUCACACUAAAUCAAAAUGCAGCUCACCACCGUUCUCCUCUCUGCCCUCGCCGCUGUGGCCUCGGCUGCCCCUACUGGCGGCUCGUGCCCGGCUCCGACUCGCAAGUUUGGCAUCAUGUCUCUUCGGUCCGCGUCUCCCAUCCACUUUGCCAAAGUCGGCGCCUCUCAGAACAAGCUCGCCUUGAACCUUCCCAACAACAAGCUUGACGCGCAAUGCGCCGACGGAAACGCCAGGCCCGACGCCAUCUUUGAAAUCAAGGAUGGUGAGCUGUACCUCUACGGCGAAGGGGACAAGGUGCAGCAGAUCCUCGUCGACCGCUCCGGCAUGGGCCAGGGCAACUUGCAGUACUUCAACAAGGGUGCGACCGCCCCGGGCGGCAACCUGGAGCUGAAGGGCUGGGCCGUCGACGCCAACGACAACCUCACCUUCAACAACAACGCCCUCCUGGCCUGCCCCAGCACCUCCGACAGCUCCUGGUACGUCUGGGUCAACGUCGGCAUCGAGAAGCCCGCCAACCAGGAGGGCUGCGUCGGCUUCACCGCCCGCACCGUCACCAACGCCAACCCGGUCAAGUGCACCUACAGCACUGUCGCUUGAGCAACUGGACGGGCGGUCUUGAGGCUUUUCGUUUGUUCGGCCGGGACAAAGUCAAGGGUGAGAUGGAAGGGGGUCGUUUGUACCUAGGAUGUUGAUUGACGGUUGCGGGUGAAAGAAGGAGGUUUGGGCAUUAAACAAGGCGCAUUGAUGA